AAACAGCCUCAAUUAGCUGUGUUGUUUCUGUUUUUUGACGACAAGAGUGGUCCAGUCCGCCUAAUAUUGUUGUUAGUUUACUUCUCAUAAAAUUAAAAAGGCCGUUCUCCAAAAAGAAAAUUAAAAAGGCCAGGCCAGUUCGUACAGAAACGAAUAAGUCCACGUGAGUGAACGUAUUUUUCAUACAUUUUUCGUUUUGUGGACUCAGAUCAUCACAGUCUGCUCUCGUCUCAUACGGGUUCUUCAUGCUAAAUAUUUUUCUCUCACUUUCCAUAUUUCAAUCAUUUCUCUUUGGAAGUGGAGACGUACACACAAAAAAAAAAAAAAAAAAAACCACUGAACUAAAAAUUAAUAUUUGAUUCUAUUUCUUAUUUGUUUAUAUUUACUUGUAAAAGGUGUGCGGAAAUUAUUUACGUGAAAAACCAUGGAAUCGCAUAUAAAAUGUCAUGCCAUCUUGUGAUCUCUCUCAUUACCAGUCUCUUCCAUGUUCCAUUCCUUGGUCAUAUUUCCAAUGGAGUUUGAAGUUUCUGGGCUCUUGCAAUUGUUUUACACCUUCAUUUGCUUUCUUCUAUUCUCUAUGAUCUUCAGCCUUUUCCUAUUGAGAUCAAAACUAUGGUGCAGUUGUGAAAUUUGUCAGACCUAUCUCACCUCAAGCUGGUCUUUAGAAUUCGUAAACCUUUGUGAUUGGUAUGCACAUCUUCUUCAAGAUUCUCCAAGCAAAACCAUCCACAUACAUGUUCUAAGAAACACCAUCACAGCCAACCCUGAAAACGUCGAGUACAUGCUCAAAACUCGAUUCAAAAACUACCCGAAAGGCAAACCCUUCUCUACAAUCCUUGGCGACUUUCUAGGUCAAGGCAUAUUCAACGUGGACGGCCACUCAUGGAGGUUUCAGAGGAAAAUGGCAAGCCUGGAGCUCGAUAGACACUCGGUACGAUCGUACGCUUUCGAGAUUGUCAACCACGAAAUCGAGCACCGUCUCAUCCCUCUCUUAACAUCCGUUUGUUCUAAUUCGGAUGGUGGUAACGGAAUAGUCCUCGAUUUACAAGACGUGUUCAAGAGAUUCUCGUUCGACACCAUAUGCAAGUUCUCUUUCGGGUUGGACCCUAUGUGCCUAGAGUUGUCACUGCCCUUGUCUGAAUUCGCCAUCGCUUUCGACAUGGCCUCGAAGUUGUCCGCCGAGAGAGCCAUGACGCCAUCUCCCAUAAUUUGGAAGAUCAAGAGAAUUUUAAAUUUGGGGAGCGAGAAGCAACUUAAAGAAUCCAUAAAUAUGAUCAACGCUUUAGCCAAAGAGGUGAUCGCCAGAAAGCGCGAAUCGGGAUUUUCAACCCAAAGAGAUCUCUUGUCAAGAUUCAUGAGAAGUGUAGAAGAUGAAGGCUACUUAAGAGACAUUGUUAUAAGUUUUCUAUUGGCAGGGCGUGACACUAUGGCGUCUGCUUUGACAAGUUUCUUUUGGCUCAUGGGGACCCACCCGAACGCUGCGUCAGCAAUUCGGUUGGAGGCUGAUAGAGUGCUUGGAAUCAAUCAGGGUCUCAAGAGCUUUGAGCAAAUGCAAGAACUUCAUUAUUUACAAGCCGCAAUUUAUGAGAGCAUGAGGCUCUACCCUCCUGUACAGUUUGAUUCAAAGUUUUGUGAACAAGAUGAUGUUUUACCCGAUGGCACGUUUGUGAGGAAAGGGACUAGGGUUACUUACCAUCCGUACGCAAUGGGUAGGAUCCAGGAGAGUUGGGGCUCCGACUGCAUGGAAUUCAAGCCCGACAGAUGGUUGAAGGAUGGCGUUUUCUUCAUGGAAAACCCUUUCAAGUACCCAAUUUUUCAACCGGGACUUAGGGUUUGUCUGGGGAAAGAGAUGGCUGUGAUGGAGAUGAAAACUGUUGUGCUUUCACUGCUGAGACGAUUUAACAUCGAACAUGCAGCACAUGAAUCAUGUCGUGUGCCGAAGUUCUCUCCUGGACUCACUGCGACCUUAAGCAGUGGGUUUCCAGUGCUGGUGAAAGAAAGGACUAGCACCACCAUCGUGUCAUGAGUAAUGAGUCAUGACUCACGAUGGGUCAUAUAUAUUCUGCUCAGCCAUAUGUGGUACAUCUAUUUUUGGUGCAUGUUAUAUGGGUCUACCAAUGCAAUAGGGGUGCGCAGUGUGACAUGGACGAAACUAGGCCAACCUGUGGCUGAAUUCAAUGUGUACCAUAUGUAACCAGAAUGUCUGCUUUGGUGCGGUGUACGGUAUUUAUUUCGGUGUACAAGAUGGUGGCAAUGUAGCUGGCUUUUCUUGAUCACUGUGCAAGCAGAUACAUAUAUAUUCCUUCAUGAUAUAAUUAGCUAAAGCUAGUGAUGAUUUGCUUUA